GCAUAAAAUAAACUCAUAUAAUUGUAUAACAUGGAUGAGAAGCCGAACGUAGCUUCCUUCAAAAAACGAUCCACUUACGUGAAAAAGAAGGGAGAAGCAUUUAAUUCUUUCGUCAGGCAGACCGAAUUCACCUGCGUCACAAGUGAGUGAGAGAGUGAUAAAAAGAACUUCUAUGUGAAGACAAGAGGCUUUUGGAACGCAGAAAGCUGAUAACAAGGGGAUGUAGCUUUGCUAUAGUUGCUGGACAAACUUUCUGCAGCAGGUAUUAACCUUAGCGCGCAGGUUACCCAAUCUAAUCACUCAACCAAUCAUUCAGUGUUGGUCUCGCAAUCAAAAGUUAACGCUCCUUAAAACCAGUUCCAAUAAGGAUAUAAAUGCGUUUUGGAUGCGUCCCCCAGUUGUUUUAACUUCAUAAGAACAGGUCACCGUUGAAGAAGUUCAUUGAAAAGUGACAGAGGGACAUGCUGUCAUUGAGCUGUACAGAUUUGUGGGCCAAAGGCCCAGUGGGGCUGGAAGAAGAAGCACUCAAUCCUUCUACAAAGGCCAACAACCUAAAAAAAGGCAGCAGUUUCAAUAACAGCAGUUCUGACAAUGUUGAUGAUAGUUUGUCUAGUCUGCAAUGGUUGCAAGAGUUCUCUAUAUUUACUGGGAAGCAACAAGAAGUUUCCACCAACCAAUCUCAGAGCAACCUCUUUGAGCAGCAGCUGGAUGGAGAAGCCCCUACAUCUCCUCUAGCAGGUGACUAUGCCUCUAUAGGCAUGCCAUUGUCCCCUGGUACACCCACAGCAACAGCAGUUCCUGCCCUGCCCAGCUUGGUUUCACAUGGACACUGCCCAGAUGAGGUUGACUACAAGACAAACCCUCACGUCAAGCCACCAUACUCAUAUGCUACCCUUAUAUGCAUGGCUAUGCAGGCAAGCAAGAAAAGCAAAAUCACACUGUCGUGUAUCUAUAAAUGGAUCACUGAUAAUUUCUGUUACUUCCGCCAUGCUGACCCCACCUGGCAGAAUUCCAUCAGGCACAAUCUCUCACUGAAUAAAUGCUUUAUAAAAGUUCCGAGGCAGAAGGGUGAGCCAGGAAAGGGUGGAUUCUGGAAGAUUGAUCCUGAAUAUGCUGAACGACUCCUAACUGGGGCUUAUAGGAAGCGAAGGAUGCCUCCAGUACAGAUUAAUGAAGCUCUUAAAAAACAACUCGGAAUGAUUUCACAACCGAUGAUGACUGUGCCAGCACAUGCCAUGGGUGUUCUCCAUGUUAGUCCAGAGUCACAGCAGCUCUUAGAAGAAUUUGAGGAAAUCACUGGACCUGACCAGAACUGGGAUCCUAGUCUAGCGGAAAAUACUUCAUUUGAUUGCUGGAGUACAAUUAAGGGCCACAAAGGAAAACAGCCAUAUAGCCACUGGACAGGAGGUACCAAAGCUGUGUGCCGCUCUAGCUCACCACUGCUGGCCCUGGACGAACUAAACGUUUGGGGAUCUCUUAAGGGUAAUUUUGACUGGGAUGCUCUGCUAAAUUCAACCCCGAAUUGGGAUUUGUGCCUGAAUGAUGGUGGUCCUCUGGACCCAAUACCACAAGAUCAGGACCUCAUGGUACAUGGCAUUCAUGUAAGCUCCCUGGAGACCUCUGUUAGUUCUGCAGAGAGUAGCAUGCUAAUAGGAACACAAAAGGACAGUGAUGUAGACUUUGAUGAGGAGACAUUUUUAGCCGCAGAGUUUUUACAAAGUCCUUGGACAGAGGAAGAAGAGGGAACCCAAUCUGAUUUUCUUUGUACUUCUACUGUUAACAUUAAUCAGCUCUUUGAUCUCGGAGACUUACUUAGUGACAACGUUGCUAAUAAUGACUGA